UUCGACGUGUACCGCUUCUCCAUCUCCUGGACGCGCCUCCUGCCCGACGGCGCACUCGGCAACGUCAACAAGGCCGGCGUGGACUACUACAACAACCUCAUCACCGAGCUCCUGUCCAAAGGGAUCCGGCCCGUGGUCACCCUAUACCACUGGGACCUCCCCCAAGCCCUCCAGGACAUGGGCGGCUGGCCGAAUCCCGUGAUCGUCGACUACUUUGUGGACUACGCGGACCUGGCGUUCCGUCUGUUCGGCGACCGGGUGAAGAUGUGGAUCACGCUGAACGAGCCCUUGGAGUACUGCGGCGAGGGGUACGGCACGGGGCACAACGCGCCCCGGGUCAACCUGACCGGCGCGGCCGACUACCUGUGCGGGCACACCGCGCUGCUGGCGCACGCCCGCGCCUACCGCCUGUACCGAGACAAGUACGCCGACGAGCAGAAGGGCCGGGUCGGCAUCACGCUCAACAGCGAGUGGUACGAGCCCAAGAACGCGACGGGCGAGGAGGACCGCCUGGCCGCCGAGCGCGCCCAGCAGUUCGAG